AUGGUGAGCACAAGUAGUAAUGCUUCAACUAAUCAGGGUAAGAAGUUCAAAUUCAAGCCUGAAAAGUUUCCAACAUACAAGUCACAUCUCUCUUCUUUUCGUUCAUUGUCUACGUCAACCCCAGACUAUGAAUACGAUGUCUUUCUAAGUUUCAGUGGCAUGGACACUCGUAAUGGAUUCACCGGCCAUUUAUACAUAGAUCUCAUUGGCAUUGGAAUUAAGGACGUCUUCAAGGACGAUGAAGAGCUUAAAAGAGGAGAACAGAUCUCUCCAGGACUCCUCCGAGCAAUUGAGGGCUCGAGGAUCGCCAUCUUCAUUUUGUCAAAAAAUUAUGCUACUUCACAUUGGUCAACCUUUGCUGAACACGAAAAGAAUUACCCACGAGACAUGGUUGACAAGUGGAGAUUUGCGCUGCGUCAAGUCGCCAAUUUCCCAGGCUGGCAUCUAAAUUAUGGAAGUGAGGCGGAAUUAAUCCAAAAAAUUGUUCAAGAUGUAUAUCGUAAAUUGAGGGGCACAAUAUUUGAAGGAGUGCAAAAACUCAACACAUGUGAAGGAUUAAAUCCUGCUGAAUCUAUGCAGCUUCUUAGCUUAAAGGCUUUUAGACAAAAGCAUCCUUUGGAUGGCUAUGGCAAUCCAUUGGCUCUCCAACAUAUAGGUAGUUCUUUAUAUGGUAAAAGCAUCAUGGAAAGGGAGUCAUUUUUAUAUGGAAUGGAUGAAAUUCAAAACAGAGAUAUGUUCAAAGAAUCUCGUCUUAGUUUUGAUUCACUCAAUGAGGAAUUGAAAUCUAUAUUCUUAGAUAUUGCAUGUUUUUUUAUUGGGAAGAGAGAAGAUCGUGUUCUGGAAAUACUAGAUUGUUGUGGCUUUCCCUCAAAAAGUGGGAUGGCAAUCCUCAACGACAAGUCUCUUAUAACUAUUUCAAACGACAUCUUAUGCAUGCAUCACUCGCCACAAAAAAUGGGCCAGGUAAUUGUUCAUGAAGAAGACCCUCGUGAGCCUGGUAAAAGGAGCAGGUUGUGGCAUCAUGAAGACAUCAAUGAAGUAAUGACAAAAAAUUUGGUUUUCAGUAAUUUGAAGUUCAUCAAACUCAGUCACUCUCAAGAGUUGAAGAGGACUCCAAACUUUACAGGGUUUCCAAAUCUGGAGAGAUUAGUUCUUGUAGGAUGUAGAAACUUAGUUGAGGUUCACCCUUCCAUUAGAAAUCUGGCAAAACUUCGUUUAUUGAAUUUGAAAGAUUGUUCAAGCGUUAGGAGUCUCCAAGAUUUCAUUUCAAUGGAGUCUCUUGAAAUUUGUGUUCUUUCAGGCUGCUCAAGUCUUGAAAAUAUUCCAAAUGUGGUUGAAAAAAUGAGAAACUUGCCACAAUUUUAUAUGGAUGGAUCAGUAAUCCAACAUCUGGGUAACCAUUCGUGCAAUAUCAGAAAGUGGAAUAAUCUUGAGUGUCUACUUUCCAACAUUCCAAAUGUAACAAAAUUAUGUUUAAGAAACUGUGACUUACCAGAAGGAGCUAUUCCCAGUGAAAUCGGCCGCUUAACUUCAUUGCAGGUAUUAGAUGUUGGCAGAAACAACUUUAUUAGCUUACCCCAAAGCAUUAGCCAGCUUGCUAAGCUAAAAUUUCUUGUAUUGGCGCUCUGCACUGUUCUUCAAUCUAUGCCAGAGCUUCCUUCCAAUAUCGAGUAUGUAGAGGCAAGAGAUUGUUCUUCACUGGUGAGUUUUUCAGAUACAUUCAAGGAAGGCUUACGUCUAAGUGGCCGUUUUGAUAUUGUUAUUCCUGGAACUAGGGUUCCGGAGUGGUUCAGCCAUCGAAACUUUGGACCUUUAGUCAGAAUACAAUUGCCUCAAAGAUGGAGUUAUAAUAAUCGGAUUGGAUUCGUUUUUUGUGUUGUUUUUUAUGUCCAUAAGAAUGUUCCCAUUGUCCCGGAAUCAGAUAAUUCUCAAGAAAUCACUUGUCAACUGCACACUAAUGAAGGUCCUAUAAGCACUGGUUUUGGCUUUAAAAUCUCGAGUGGCACUCUCAUUGAGUCAAGUCACCUUUGGCUGCAAUAUAUAUCAAAUGGAAGCUUCGAAAAAAGAAUGGCUAUGUGCAAUAGAAUUGAUUACAUUGACGCUUUAUUUGGAGCUGGAAGCCAAUGCUUGGAAGUUAAAAUGUGUGGGUUUCGUGUUGAUUUUGAUCAUUUAGAUGUUCACAAGCUAGAUUGA